AUGUCUGGUGAUUCCGCCUCCUCUAAGGGCAACACGCGGAGGUCGUCUGGUUUGGCACGUGGGAAAAGACCACCGGAUCUGGAGCUGUCGGAAACUACUUUUAGCGCGCUUGAAUCAGGGACACCUGUGGGCAACAACACGCUUUCUGAAAGAGACAAAAUGCCAGAAGAGGGUAACAUUCCCACCGAGGUACCCCCUGUCCACAUCCACCCGUACUUAUCUCACCCUCGGAUGUCUAUGCGGAUGUCGGUGUACAGCACCGGGGUCCGUCCGGUCCUCACCCGCGCCUACGUCCAAGGACGCGUGUAUAACUUUCUGGAAAGGCCGUCUGGCUGGAAAUGCUUCGUGUAUCACUUCACAGUGUUCCUCAUAGUUUUGGCCUGUCUGAUCCUCAGUGUUCUGUCUACCAUCGACCAGUACCAGGCCCUGGCUCACACAACUCUCUUCUGGGUGGAGAUCGUCCUUGUCGUGUUCUUUGGUGUGGAGUAUUUUGUCCGCCUCUGGUCAGCAGGCUGCCGCAGUAAAUACGUUGGCAUCUGGGGGCGGCUGCGCUUUGCCAGGAAGCCAAUAUCUAUUAUAGAUCUGAUUGUAGUUGUUGCCUCAGUAAUUGUGCUGUCAGUGGGCUCCAAAGGCCAGGUCUUUGCCACCUCUGCUAUAAGAGGGAUUCGUUUCCUGCAGAUCCUGCGAAUGCUGCAUGUGGACCGGCAGGGAGGAACCUGGCGUCUCCUUGGCUCUGUUGUCUUCAUCCAUCGGCAGGAGCUGAUCACUACCUUGUACAUUGGCUUUCUGAGCCUGAUCUUCUCCUCGUACUUUGUCUACCUGGCAGAGAAAGAUGCAGUCGACAGCGGCGGCUCCACAGAGUUUGAAAACUACGCUGAUGCCCUGUGGUGGGGAGUGGUGACUGUGACCACUAUUGGAUACGGAGACAAAGUGCCACAAACCUGGAUUGGAAAGACCAUUGCAUCCUGUUUCUCAGUCUUUGCCAUUUCCUUCUUUGCUCUGCCUGCCGGAAUCUUAGGCUCAGGCUUCGCCCUGAAGGUGCAGCAGAAGCAACGACAGAAACACUUCAAUAGACAGAUCCCCGCAGCUGCCUGUCUCAUCCAGACAUCAUGGAGAUGUUUUGCAGUGGAGAACUUUGACUCUGCCACAUUCAAAAUGUUUUUGAGGAAGAGAUCCAACAUCCCGGCCUCGUCUCUGUCCACUCCCAAGCCCAAAAAAUCGGUGAAGAUAAGGAGGAAGCUGAAGAGCAGUGACAAAGACAACGGUCCAACCUCUCCCACAGUUCCCAGCAUCACGUACGACUCUGUGUUUGAUGGUGGGAGGGAGCUGAGCUCAGAUGUUUACAGCACCGUGGGCCCAGAGCUCCAGCAGUCUUGGACGUCUUUGUCUUCCCUUCACUUCAGCUCACCGUCUCCAGUGAAAAGAAAUGCCGGCCUUUUGGACAUCCCCUCCCCAGGCCCCCUUCAGAGGAACUGCAGCUUUGCAGACGACCUGGAGCUGGAGUCAGAGCGACACAGUAGCCUGUCUCCUGCCACCUCAGUGUCACAAUUGACAGAGUCACACCGAAAAGCCAUCCGAGUGAUCCAGAGAAUGCGUUAUUUUGUGGCCAAGAGAAAUUUUCAGCAAGCUCGUAAGCCAUAUGAUGUGCGAGACGUGAUUGAGCAAUACUCUCAGGGUCACCUCAACCUCAUGGUGAGAAUCAAGGAGCUGCAGAGAAGACUGGACCAGUCUUUAGGGAAGAUAACUUUGUUCCAGACUGGUUCAGACCGAGCCAAAGACAAAGGCAACAACUCCAUUGGAUCCAGACUCAACAGGAUGGAGGACAAGAUAACCCACAUGGACCAGACCCUAAACCGCAUAGCAGAAUCCCUCUCCUUUCUGCUGGACCACAGGGACGUUGAUGAGGGCGAAGGUGGAGGCAGGCCGAAGCCACAGGGUGGAGGGACCUUCUCUGUUGUCCCCAGCCAUGACAGCCUGCCAAGCUAUGAUCAGCUAUCUUCAUCACCUUCGUCCUUCUCGUCCAGCGCAGCCAACACCGCAGCCUGCCCCAAAUCCCUCCUCAGCAACACCGCCAGUUAGGAUGAGAGCUCCUGAAGUAAACAAAUUUUUUCUUUUUUUAUUAGCAUAAUUCAUAAAAUCUGUCUAUCUUUCCACAUUUGGUCAAAACUUAGUUAAAAAUUUGGCAAUAGUUGCCAUGUAAGAUAUAAUUCAGACCUUUUUCAACAUGUAUUUUAAUAAAUUGAAAUAUACCAUUCCAUAGAAAUAAAUAAUUUCUGUGAAAACCAUUGCAGUAACAGAAUAGAGCUACAAAGCAAGCAUCAUCAACUACACUCUGGUCUGGUGGUCUCUUAGCUGUAACACUUGCUGCACUUCUCUGCCACAGAGAAAACAGACAACAAGAAUGUUAAUGCAACAGAGCCAUAUCAUGUAAAAGCUAAAGCUGAAACAAAAUUUACUUCCCUGGGUGUUUUCUGUAAAUGAAAAGUAAACAAAACCAGAUGCGCAACUCAGAGAUGGGUUUGGCAAAAUAAGGGUAUUUACUCAGUCAUAAUUCAGGCAAAAGUCAAAAGUCAACCAGGAACCUUAUCUGAAAGGGCUCAAGCAGAGAGGCGAAGGUAAAUAUGGACAUACAGACAUAGCAAAACAGGUCUGCAAUCAGUCUGUAUAUGUACUGUACACAUUAAAAGUUGCGCGGGAAGAAUAAUCCGCCUAAAAAGAUAAACAUGAAGGCCUUAUAACUUUUCGAUUGCACACAGUUUGCCAAACAACUUCACUGCUUUGCUAAAUGUUUGCAUUGUGACGUAUCUGACUGGAGGAUGUGGGUUGUAUGGGACAUAGACUGUGUCAAAGGGAGACGACAUCAGUAUGGACAUUUCAACACUGGUAUUUCAGCUAUCAACAUUAGUUUCAUAACCUUGAGGUUUAAAGUCACACAUCCAGAAUUUCACUUGAAAUCAAUUCAAAAUCAAUCAACAAAUAAAUUGCUGUUUUUAGUGUUUUAAUUUUGUUUCACUUUUGCAUGAAUAUUCUAAAAUAUUUUUCUAUGGCAAACAAAAUGUGUUAAUUACAAUCAAGUCUUUAUGAGAUGUCUUAAUGCUGUUAGUAAUUCUACAAAAUGCAGCACUUACUAACUGCAGUCAUGAUGGAAGAAAACACCAAUUUCUAAAGCUAACGUUAUUAGCUUAGCAGAUCUUAGUAACUACCAGCUUCUUAAGGUUGUGAAACUUAUGUAACCUUCAAAACCUGACAUCUUGGCUAUUCAGUUUAUUAUUCUACAUAGAGAUAAACAGGCAGUAGCUGAAUCCAAUCAUGAUUAACUCCCUAGCUAGCUGAAUUUGAACUGAAGCUCAUUCCACCAGAUUAGUAGAUCUCAUCAACAGUCAUCUCAGCUUUUGACGCUGGUGGAAUUCAGGUGAUCAGUGAACAGACACAUAAGAUAAAACUGAAGUUGUCCUAAUCAAAAUAAAGUUGAUCUUUUUUAAGUGAAUUAGUUAAAAUGGAAAACUCAGGGUGGCUCUUUAAUAAUCAGCCUAAAAAGACAUAAAAUGCAACUUUUCUGUUUGUUCCACAGUUUCCACAGUAGAUUACUCUGUGACUAACUAUCAGCUACUGCUUUUCUGAAUGUUGGCAGCAUGAUAUUUAUGUGAAAAAUCUCAUCAGACAAUGUGGGAUAUGCUCUGUGUCAAAGGAAGAAAACAUCAUUAUUGACAUUUCAAGUGCAUUAUUUCCCAGUGAGAUUCAUUGUUUGCCUUAUACCUUAUACUUUUGUCUUGUACUGCACUUGACAUUUAUUCUGGCUUAUGCCAGCUGUCACAGCAUCCUGUCUUGUCAUUCAACAUCCAUUGUUCAUGUGAAUAACAAAUUUAAUUGCAUUCAACUUACGGGCCUUACAUUUCAAUACAAUACUAUAAUACAUAUAUAUAAUACAAUAUAAUUCAAUACUGUUUUCACUAAUCCUAUUUUGCUUUUUUUUGUAAAUGUUUAGAAAUAUUCUUCAGUAGCAAUAAAAGAUUGUGGUAAUUAUUGCGUAGUAUCUACAUGUUGUGUCUGGUGCCUUACGGACAAUCUCUGACUAAAACAAAUGAGCUGCAAACCUCAGUUUCAAUUUUUUUUAUUAUUCUUUUGCCAGGGGUGGCUUGAUGGAAAGAAA